AUGGCUAGUUGGAGAAAAAAUCAAGGGAUCAGUGAUCGUCAAGUUGGUCACCGGAGAUCCUCAUCUUAUUACGGAAAACCACCUUUGGGUAAUAGGUUUUCAACAGUUCCUUCAUGGGAAAAUAAGUUUUGUGCUACGGUAGGUCAAGUUCCAUGGCGAAGGUUUUUAGAAGGCAAGAGGUACAUGGAAUCGCAUUCCGAUGUGAUGAAGUGGGAUGACUCUGCUGUCAAACAUGCUUUUCACGAUGCAAAGAACCGGUUUUGGGCUGAGAUUAACGGCUAUCCCUGCGACAUUCCGUUGCCUGAUCCAGACAUGUACAUCGACGAAGUAGAUUGGGAUGCAAGUUUCGAUCCAGAACUCUAUCUGGAUUUGGAUAGAGAACUAGAGGCCACACGCAUUAUGAUGGAAAAGAGCGAGCAGGAGAGUGAGAUCGUCGACAUUCCUCUCAAUCAUGUAUGGGAAAUCAUACCUACUGGAUGGGGGGAUGUAGACGAAGAAGAAACAAAGCCUCAGGAACCAAAUUUUGCUGCCGAGGGAUGGGGAUCAAGCAACCCUGAAAAUAAUGAUACCAACUCUUGGGAACAGAAUAAUUCUCAAAGGUGGAUUCCACAGGAGCAAAAUAAGUAUCAAGCAAGAAAUGGCUGGAACAUAAAUGGGGGAGGAUAUAACGGAAGGAGAGAGAAGAAUCAUGGAUAUCAGCAUUGUAAUAAUGAUUAUAAGAUGAAUCGUGGAAGAGGAGGAGGAAGAGGGGGAGGAAGAGGAGGAAAGAGGGGAAAUUAUAGCUAUGCAACCAAGGUUUUAUGA